AUGGCAGUCGGAGCCUCUCUGCGCCUUCUGGCUGCGUUGCUUCUCAGCCUCCCAGGCUUUGCUCAGAGCUUCAUGCCGAACUCCUUCUUCUUCUGGACGCUGAGUCAUCGUGACAUCACCGAGAUCGCGAUUCUGAGGAAAACAGCCGAGGUUUGCCGGGACGUUGCUGCUGCAGGGGGCAGAAGCUUCACUUUGGAGAUAACCGACACACUGUCGGUUAACAAAGUGCAAAUGGCCUGCUCUGUCCCGCUGCCCGACUUCCCCGUCUCCAGCGAGAUGUUCCAAGCUGCGAUCAACAGCGUUCACGACAGCAGCGACGCCCUGCUGACACCAGACCCGGCCUUCCACUUCCACAACGAGGCCUUCCUCACCGGCAGGGGUCUCAUCACUCAAGGAUUGUCGGCUCUAAAAGCUUCUGUGAGGGAGCAAAACUUCCAGUCAGCCAGAAACACUCUUGGAAGAAUCUGCCACACACUCCAGGACUUUUACAGCCACAGUAACUGGGUGGAGUUGGGAAGAGCCGCUCCUUACAGCGCUUUGAUCAGGCCAGAUCAGCCUCUGGAGAACCUGGCAGGUCCUGAUGUUCCAACCUGUAGGAGCUGUGCUGGACUGAGCUGCAAAGACAACAUACUGCCUGCAGUCCUGGAGAACGGACUUCUCACCUCAGGCUACUACAGCGCUGAAUCUCCAGCAAAACCUGCAGGCAAGUGCAGCCACGGUGGUAUCUAUGACCAGACGAGCAGAACCGAGCCAACCGGCGGUAUCAACAAGGACACAGACUCAUCUUCUCACGGGCACCUGCACCGAAAAGCGGCGGACCUGGCCGUGGACGCCACAGUGGACCUGUUGGAGGACAUUAGAGUCGCUAUCGGAGACAGAACAUUCCUGAGACUGAUGGACAUCUCACAAGCACCUGCGCUGGUUUUUGUGGUGGACACCACGGGUAGUAUGGGUUAUGACAUAAAUUAUGUCAAAACAGUCACUGCUACAAUCAUAGAUGAAAGAAGAGGAACACCGAUUGAGCCCUUCGAAUACAUUUUGGUCCCUUUCAAUGAUCCAGAAUAUGGUCCAGUGACGAGAACAACUGAUGCAGCUGAAAUGAAGACCAAGAUAAACAGCCUGACUCCUAAUGGAGGUGGAGACUUACCGGAGAUGAGCAUGUCUGGACUGAGACUUGCCCUGACAGAAGCUCCUCCUUCUUCCUUUAUUUUUUUGUUCACUGAUGCUCCCGCCAAAGACGCGACUCUGAAAAAUGCUGUGACUGCUCUGAUAGAGACCACAAAGUCUAAGGUGUUUCCUAUCCUGACCAAUGUUUUUGCCAGACGUCGCAGAAGAGCUGUAGUUCCUUCCAACCAGCUGUAUCUGGAUCUGGCCCAGGCAUCUGGAGGUCUGGCCAUUGAAAUCAGCAAGUCCCAGAUUUCUGUGGCAACUACUGUUAUAAAGCCUUUAUCAGUCGGAGCUGUGGUCACCGUUCUCCAGGCGGUGGUGGAUCCCGGCACGCCGAGAAAUUUUACCUUCCUCGUUGACACGACUCUGAGCUACAUCCUGAUUUACAUCACCGGAGACUCAUCUCUCACCUUCACUCUAACAAGCUCAACAGGAGUUUCUCAGCGCUCCAGUGAGUCCAGAGGCUCCCUGGGAUUGAUUUCUACAGCAGGAACCCUGUGGGUGUUAAGCCUGAACCCUGAGAUCCAGGCAGGACAGUGGGCGAUCACCAUCAAGUCCAGCACCGCCUACACAGUCAAGGUCACAGGUCGAAGUUCCUUGAACUUUGUCUACAACCUCGUUGAGCCACAAGAGGGCACCAACGGCAGCGUCAUUCCCAUGGCAGGACGUCCCUCCACAGGCAGUAACGUCACUCUGUGGGUCACCGUCACAGGAAGUGACACAGCUACAGUCAGAGACGUCACUCUGUUCGACUUCUCCAGAUCGACACAAGUCAAUGGAUCAGUCCAGUCGAUAGGAAAGAGCGACUAUCUGGUGGUGUUCAGUAAAGUCCCGGCUGGGAGCUUCCUGGUUCAGCUGACAGGACAGGAGACGGACUCUUCCUCCUCACCAACCAGCUUCCAGAGACAGGCUUCCACACAGAUCAGAACCUCCAGUCUCUCUGUUACCGUCAGUACCUUUAUGUUCACUCCGGUCUGA